UUGAUGCGUUCGCUGCGGACGGGACUCUUCUGCCUUUCCUGUAGCGGCACGACACGGCACGGCGUGACUACACCACCGCAACACAGCCAUUCACACCGUCCACGGCGCCGUCUUUGGUGAGUUUGCUAGAAAGCGCCUUUCACGCUGUUAUGUGGCCGUGUGUCACAUAGGACGUUACGCAACGGAGCGAGCUUGAACCUAGCAUCACCGCUGCUUCAAAAAAAAAAAAAAAAAAAAAAAAUAGCCUCUCUCCAGCCUCCAUUGCACCGCUAGCUCGACGAGAGCAUCGACCUCCUUCCUGCGUGACGCUCACAGGUGUUUUUCCUUUCCCUGCGUGGGGGCGGCGUGAAUAUUUUAAAAGCACCCGACAGGCCGCAGACAGCACAACGAUGACGGAGGCGGAGGAGAAGAAGCAGCAGAAGCAGGAACAGGAACAGGAACGCACCUCCGGCAAUGGUCCUCCGGAGGCCUGCCGGGAAGAUGUUUUUGACCACACGUACAAGGAGCAGGAAGGCCCCAAACCUCCACUGGUCAUCGUGUGGCGGAACGUCAUCACGAUGACACUGUUGCACACAGGUGCCGCCUACGGAGUGCUCCUCAUCCCCGCAGCCUUCACAGCCACCCUGCUUUGGUCAAUCCUUUGCUUUUUGGUAAGUGCAUUAGGAGUGACGGCAGGAGCUCACCGCCUGUGGAGUCACAGGUCCUACAAGGCCUCUUUACCUUUGAGGAUCUUUCUGGGCGUGGCGAACUCCAUGGCCUUUCAGAAUGACAUCUACGAGUGGGCCCGGGACCACAGGGUCCACCACAAGUACUCCGAGACGGACGCCGACCCUCACAACGCGGUGCGGGGCUUCUUCUUCGCCCACAUCGGUUGGCUGAUGGUGCGCAAACACCCCGAGGUCAUCGAAAAAGGAGGCAAGCUGGAACUGAACGACCUGUUGUCCGACAAAGUAGUCAUGUUUCAGAGGAAGCACUACAAGGAGUCCGUGCUGCUCAUGUGCUUCUUCAUCCCCAUGUUCGUGCCUUGGUACUUUUGGGGGGAGACCCUGUGGGUGGCCUACUUUGUGCCGGCGCUGCUGCGCUACACGCUGGUGCUCAACGCCACCUGGCUGGUCAACAGCGCCGCGCACAUGUGGGGCAACAGGCCCUACGACAAGACCAUCAACCCCCGGGAGAACAAGUUUGUCACGUUCAGCGCCAUAGGCGAAGGCUUUCACAACUACCACCACACGUUCCCCUACGACUACGCCACCAGCGAGUUCGGCUGCAAGCUAAACAUCACCACCUGCUUCAUCGACUUGAUGUGCCUCCUGGGUCUGGCCAAGGACCGCAAGAGAGUGUCCCACGAGGUGGUGCAGGCCCGGAUACAGCGCACGGGCGAAGGCAGCUACCGCAGUGGCUAACCGAGGUCGCUCAACCCCCUCACCCCCGCGUCAGCCAUUUGUGGGCGCAUUCGGAAACCUCCACGAGUCCUUUUUUUGACGGCCGUUCCAUCUGGAAGACUCCAAGAGGCCCCUCGGCCACAUUUUCUGCUUGUUUUUUUUGUGGUUUUUGUAGCUUGUAAAACUAAUUUGUGAAGCUGGUUCAUUACAACAACAAAAAAACAACAACCGAGCACGUUAAUACGGAGCCCCUAAAGGGACAUGGGGGCAAAUUUAAUUUUAAUAAUUUUUUUUUUUUUUUUUUUUUAGACAUGUAUCUCGUGCGUUCAAGAAACUUUCUCGUGCGCAC